GCGCCUAUAUAUCCCGUCACCCUCGCACUUUUGUGGCCAUGCAUUAUUUUACUUGCUAUUCAGAGAAUAAUCAUCGGAAAUGGCGACCGACACAGAGCAGGCUUCGUCAGAAGAGUUCAAGUAUGAGCGCGAUGGAGACGAUCGUCCCGCGCAGGUGACUGCACCAGAGACGAUAGGAUUCUUUCAUGCGGAUUUAAAGGAACAUCGUGGACAGGCAUACAAACGGUGGUCUAUAACCAUCCUCGGACUCGGCGUGUACAUCCUCAUGGUUUUAUCCCUGUAUUGGGGCGCACUGUUUAACGUCUACGAGAAACUGCCUAGCUUGACCGUCUGGAUUGUCGAUUUCGAUGCCAAAGUCGCUCCGUUCAAUACGACCACGCCGAUUGUCGGCCCGUUCAUCACCAACGCGUUCGAGAAGCUGACACCUCAGACAGUAGACAAACUGGGAUGGACGGUCAAAUCUGCCGCAGACUUUAACUACGACCCGAUGGUGGUGCGCGAGGAACUUUACAACGAAAAGGCGUGGACCGCGAUAAUUGUGAAUGCCAAUGCGACCACUCUCUUGCUAGAGGCCGUCAACAACGGCAACUCAUCGUAUGAUCCGACCGGCGCGGCUCAGAUCCUUUACAACAGUGCUCGUGACCAGACCACGAUGUCAGCAUACAUUUUCCCCGCUUUGAUAGAUGUCAUGUUCCCGAUUAUCGGUGAAUUCGGUGAAGAAUGGUCUUCGAUUCUAGCCAAGAACGCAUCAACGCAGAAUGUUUUUCGGACGCCGCAAGCUGUGAACCCGGGCAUAGGGUUCAGUUUUAUUGAUUUGCGACCAUUUACUCCCCCAACAGGCACACCUGCAAUUUCGAUUGGGUUGAUUUAUUUGAUCAUCAUUUCGUUUUUCAGUUUUUCAUUCCUCAUGCCUGUUCAUGGCAUAUUCAUGGGUACCGAGACCCACGCACCUGUAAACGGAACACACGUUAUCAUCUGGCGUAUUAUGUCAAGCAUAGUUGCUUAUUUCUUUCUCUCCUUAUUCUACUCCCUCGUCUCGCUUGCGUUUCAAAUCCCAUUUUCAAACCACAGCGCAUCACAUACGGAGGGUGCACUGAACGCAAAUGCAUACGGCAAGGGAACCUUUGUCGUAUAUUGGAUGCUCAACUGGGUUGGUAUGACAUCACUCGGCCUCCCUAGCGAGAACAUGGCCAUGAUCUUGGGCUUUCCUUAUGCAUCGUUAUGGUUGGUGUUUUGGGUUAUUACGAAUGUGGCCACGUCGUUCAAUGAUAUUGGGCUAAUGUCUGAUUUUUAUCGGUGGGGGUAUGCCUGGCCUUUGAAUAGAAUUGUCCAUGCUUCCCGAACGCUUAUCUUCGACACCAAAUCGGCCAUCGGCGAGGAUUUUGGUAUCUUGUUUGCCUGGUGCGCAAUUUCGAUUCUGUUCUUCCCGUUUGCCACGUGGAUAAUGCGGUGGAAGAACAUGCGAGCGCAGCGAAAGAAAUAGACUUAUUAUCAGUGACGCCGUAGCAGCCUGAACACUAUAGAAGUCUGGACGGUAUAGACCUGAAACGAAACAAAACGACAUUCAAUCUGGAACAAAAACGCAAUAGAUACAAAACAUCAAUAAUAUGUACAUAUAUGUAUUCACAGUCUAAUCAUAUCAUCAUCAAUCCAUCCAUUCUUUUUCCCGGAGGGACACCCCUAAACAAUAUAAGAGUAGAAUUACUCAUCAGGAUUAACACCCAAAUCCUCCAAACUCUGUCUAGCAUGCUGUCUUCCAGCCUCGGUAUUUGAGAGAUUAUGCGCGGCC